AUGUUUUAUGUUUUUUUUACGGGUCGAACAGGUACAGAAUUUCGUGGAGAUAAAGUUGAGGAAUUUGGUCGACGAAAUGAUGCAAUAAAUGCAUAUCAUGCAAUAUUUCUUGAUAAAACAGGUAAUAAUUGGUUAGAUAGAAAAAAUUUUCAAAAAUUACCAAAUAAACAUUAUCCACUUGAAAUUGAUUAUGGACAACAUGCUGAUAAUGAUAAAAUGAAAAAAUUACUUGAAACAGCUAAUUUAAAUAUUCAUUCAAAAUUAUCUUAUUCAGUUCAAGAACUUAUUAAAAUGAUUUUUAAUGUUGAAAAUAUGCAACAAGCUUUAUUAUCGUUUGAUAUUGAUUUAAAUAAAAUGCCAUUAGGAAAAUUAUCAAAAAAUCAAUUAGAUAAAGCUUAUCAAAUUUUAACUGAAUUACAAACUUUAAUUACUAGUAGAAUUACAACAUCAAAAACACCUAUUAUUGAUGCAAGUAAUCGAUUUUAUACUUUGAUUCCACAUGCUUGUGGUUUGGGUUCAUUACCAUUACUUGAUAAUGUUGAAUUAAUAAAAACUAAAACUGAAAUGAUUGAUAAUUUACGUGAAAUUGAAAUAGCUUAUUCAAUGUUAGAUCAAUCAAAUAAUACAAUAGAUAGUAGUGAACAUCCAAUAGAUGUUCAUUAUAAGAAAUUAAAAUGUGUAGUUGAACCAGUUGAUCAUAAUUCAGAUGAAUUUAAACUUAUUGAACAAUAUAUGAUAAAUACUCAUGCUAAAACUCAUGAUCAAUAUACAUUAAAAUUACGUGAAUUAUUUAAAACAGCACGUGAAGGAGAAUUUGAUCGUUUUAAAAAAUUUCAAACACUUGAUAAUCAUCAAUUAUUAUGGCAUGGUUCACGAACAACUAAUUUUGCUGGUAUUAUUAGUCAAGGUUUACGUAUUGCACCACCUGAAGCACCUGUCACUGGUUAUAUGUUUGGUAAAGGUGUUUAUUUUGCUGAUAUGGUUUCAAAAAGUGCAAAUUAUUGUUUUACAUCAAAACAAUCUCCUGAAGGAUUAAUGCUUUUAUGUGAAGUUGCACUUGGAAAUAUGUAUGAAUGUUAUAAAGCAACAACAUUAUCUGCAUCAACUUUACCAAAGGGUACUCAUUCAACAAAAGGUUGUGGAACAACUAUACCAAAUCCAAAAGAAUAUUAUCAUACAAAUGAUGGUGUAGUUAUUCCAAUGGGUCAUGGAAUUUCAUCAGAUAUUCGACAAACUUCGUUAUUGUACAAUGAAUAUAUUGUUUAUGAUACUGAUCAAAUUAGUAUGAAAUAUCUUUUGCGUGUUGAUUUUCAAUACAAAUAUUAA